ACAGCGCCGUCAAACUCGGGAGCCUUGGUAACGGACCGGGGAGAGGGCGCAUUCUGACUUAUCAUUGCCCAGGUACCUAGUCACGGCGACCUGGGCCAGGAGAUCCGACCGUAGAGUGACGGGGGAGAUAAUGUCGAUGUGGGAGUGGGAGCAGGAAUAUCAGCGGCGGCAGGGCGCAGGCAUGCAUCAUCUGUCCCCGCCACGAGCUGUCCAUGGGACGAUUCCGCUCGAGCAGACACUGUUUACUGCCGAUGACAUAGAGGAGUUUCGGCGUAUCGAUGACGCGCAGCGGCGGAAGCAGAAAUCCCCAAGGUUACUCGGGUCGUCAAAAGAUGGGCAACGUGUAGAGCACGGCGAUGCUUCGGACACGAGCGGUUUCGUGACGGGAUUCCCCCUCGCGUGCCUGAUGGCCGGCCUCAUGUUUGCCCAGUUUCUCAUCUCGAUCGAUCGGACAAUCAUCUCGACGGUGAGCGCUGACAGAACAAACACACUGGUGCCUCUUCCUUCCGGCGUACUGACCCGUGUCCACCUAGGCGAUUCCGUACAUCACCCACGAAUUCCGGUCGACGCCUGACAUCGGCUGGUACGGCUCUGCGUAUCUGCUCACGGCGUGCGCCUUCCAGCCGAUGUUUGGGCGAGUAUUCACGCUCUUCUCAAUCAAAAAAGCAUACCUAACAGCCAUGUUUCUGUUCGAGCUCGGCUCGCUGCUUUGCGGGGUUGCACCGAGCUCGAUCGUCCUCAUCGUCGGGCGA